GGCACUCUGUGUCGAAUAUUGAAUGCGACUUCAAGAGGCCUGGUGGUUGACUAAAAGGAUGCUUAGCUAAGCAGUCCAAAGUCUUUCAACAAGAGAUAUUUAUUAAUUUGCUUGAACGGAAUUCCUUUGCUGUAUUGAGAUCACGCCGCAUCACUUUCCUUGCGAUUUCUAAUAGAGAUUUCAGUCUUUUUAUCUUCCUCACAGUUUUCGAAUUUGAUCUCUCAUUUUCAUAGAAACUAAUUCCUAUUGAGGCCAAUCUUUUGAGUCUCCUGCUAGUAUUCGACCAAACUUCAGUCUUCUCCUCACUCUCGUUUGUAGCCGGCCGUAGGCUCUAUAUAACGAACUUUCGCCAAAGUUUUUAAAGUUUUACAGACAUCAAAAGCCAUGGCGUUAGCAGCCUACAGACAUCUUCUUCGCGCGACUCGAGUCGCCUUCAAUGAAGAUAUUACGCUCCUCACUUCCGCGCGUAAACAAGCCCGUAGCACUUUCCUCGCCAAUCGAUCUCUCGCUCUCGAAUCACCAGAAUCUAUAGCUGCCAUUGCGCAUGCAGAAGAUGUUGCGCAAUUCUUGAGGCGAAAUGUGGUGCAGGGACAGAAAGUAGAGGGUGAUGAGAAAUACAAGUUAAACAUUCACGAACAUACCGAACGAGGAGAUAAUGAUACGAUCAAGAUGCCGAACGGGAAGAACGUUACCAUUGAUGGGAAGACGUGUAAGGACUAGGUUACCUGAGGAUACAUUGGUUUCCGAAGACAAUGAGACUUAGGGAUAGAAAAGUGGAUUGGUAAAUAGAGGACUUCGAAGUUGGUAUUGAGAGGGUCAAAGGGGUAACAUGCAUAGCGAGGACAUUUUACAGACAGAUUGACACAGAGUAAGAUGGGUAUAUGUCGUGACCAUAGAGGCCACAAUUGUCAUUAUAUGCAAUGUAUUUCUAAACAUACAAAGAGCAUUCCA